UGAAAACAAUAUGAUGUAUCUAUAUACAAACAUAAGAUAACUUUUAGAUGCUUGCCAAAACAACUAAGCUCCAUUCACUCUGAUUGAAAUGGGCGAUGAGAAAUGCAUUAGACACUAAGAACGAGAUAGGAUUCAUUGAUGGAAUUCUAGUUCGUCCUGAGGAAUCAUAUCUUAGUUUCGUCUUUGGUCUUGAUGCAAUUGUAUAGUUAAAUCCUCGUUUCUGAACUUGGUUUAGUGAAGCCUAAGAAUAGAGUGAAUUAAUAAAUAAAAUAAAAAGAAAUGAUAUAGUAAGCAGACCAAAUUCAUUUCUGUUAAAUAGACAAAAAGAAUCAACGUCCGCAUACUUAUCAGAUCAUCGUGCUCAUAAAGACAUAAUGUAGUAUACAAGAGAAGUGUAUCAUGCCUGAGGUAAAUCGGUAGCGAGGUGAGAGAAGACUUGAUCCAACUGCUUCGAAGCAUCACACCACAAGCCCAGAAGUGAAGCGCGAUUGGUGCGCCGCUAUGGCGAAAGUUAUCAAGCUCAGACUUUGAAGCGAUAUCCUUCACCGCACCACCCAUCUUCCAAGUGAUUAAGAUUAACAAUUUAUUGAUUUAACACAGUCUCUUCUCUGCUCUCUCGGAAGGAUCUCCAACACUUUCUGUGAAAGGUUAGAGAUUUAUUAUGUAAAUAACGUUUAGGACUUUUUUGAUCAAAAAAAAUGUUAAGGACAUAACUGAAACAAUUAGAUUGUCUUUGUAAAAAAUUCUAAAUUGUCAAUUUAAAUUGCUAAAUAACCCUCUAAGUUACCUAAACCCUACUCAAUACAAUAGGUACACUAAUUAGAGAACUUGGGAAUACAACACUGCCUCUCAAAUUGGAUUCUGAGAUAAAACUGAAUAUUUCUCUCCAAUAUUCCUUAACUGUCUUCUUUCUGUCAGAAGAGGAUCUUAUUCUGUGAAAAUUUUAUAAACAUCAAAAAGUUAUUCUCUUUGAAUAAUCCCCACUCUACGAUCGAUGGUCCAAUAGUAUCAAAAUAUGCAGAACAUGUGAAGUGAAACCCGGUUAAGGAUCAAAUGUGAACCGGUUCCUUACAAUAUACAUAACUACACCCAUUAUUAAAACAAAGAGAUCUGUUUAGUCACUUCUAUUAAAAAAAGUCAAGUUUUACAACAACCCAUUUGCCUGAUAAUCUUCUUCAAAACUAAGUUCAGAUGCUCUCUAUUAUUACCACAAGAAGCAACACACAUCAUUAAAGAUUGUUAGAGGUUCUUAAACUCUAAUUGGAAUAUGAAUUACACCAUAAGCUCUAAUUGGCACUCUUUUCCCCACUCAAUAACAUGAAGGUAAUAUGUAGUAAGGGGAUCUUAUUAGCAGUGUCGUCUCUUAGCCAUGACAAUAUUGACAUUUAACAUGCGUGUCCGCUCCAUAAGUCUAUAAAAAUUUUAGUGUUAUUUUAAAAGCCUAAUUUUUUGGGUAAAAGAAAAUGUGUUUUCACCUCUUUACCGGGAAUUCAAAUAUUGAAAAAAAUCUCUUCCAACGCGAAUCGAAUCCUGGUGGCGGAAGUUACAACCGCAGCCCCUUUACCACUGGGCAACUCGGCGAUGGUUUUUAAAAGCCUAUUUUAAUCUGUUAAAUUAUAAAAGAAAGUAUUACAUUAUAAGUCACAUUUUGAGUUUAUUAUAUCACUCUAGGACACUUGUUGCUCCGCACACAUUUUUUCACAGUUUUUGAUGUAUGUUAUCCUUCUAUCGUAACUACAAGUUAUAAUCUAACUAAUAUUUAACCUUCACAAAAAUGAACACACUAAAUUGAUUAACAAAAUAAAAUAGAAAUGAAUUAAGAGAAAGAAAAAGUAAACACACACAAUUCAACAGCUAGCAUUCCUCUCUCCUCUUUUUAAUUUCCAAAUCGUAUUGAAUUUUCACCAUCUCUCCUGAUUCAGCUUUCACCAUUUCAUAUUAAAAUUUUCAAAAUCCAUAAGCUGGUGAAUCUGAUGGCAAGAACUUCUUUGCUUGAUCCGACAUCAAGCAGAAGAAAAUUUCUAAGCUUCAGAAGCUUGUAGCGAUGGAAAACCAUUCGAGGCUCAUCUGCGUCUUCCAAAUCCUCCGCAUCAGAAACUGCUGCUAUAGCUGAAUCCCUAACCGUCGAGAAAAACACCAGACCCUAGAAGAGCAAAUCGAGAAGAAACCUGUGAAGUUGGGCCUCCAGAGGAUCAAAUCGAGAAUCCACAAUCAUCGUUUGUGGUAAACUUUCUAUCAUAUCGAGAAUCCACAAUUAUCGUUUGAGUUCUAAAAUUUUCUAUGGUGGGUCUCGGUAAGUAUUUGGGCAAAUCAAAUCCAGGUGACUUUGUUCUUUUAUUUUAAAAAGAGAUGGUGUGUGGAAAUGAUCAGAGAAAAAAAAGAAAACGUGAUGAACAAUUUGUAGAAUCUCAAAGAGGAGCUUUAGAUAAAUUUAUUAAGAAAAAAGCACAAAUAGGGAGAGUUAUAGAGCAGAAACUAAUGUUGAAUCUCAUGAAAAAGAGUCAAAUCCGUCUAUUGAAAAUAUUGACAUUGAUGAGCCACCAAUUCUUCCUUUUGAUAUCUAUGAUCCUAGAAAUAGGAUUAAUCUUGAUAGUAAAACAAGAAUUUCAGCAAGAGAUUGCAAAAGAAAAAGAACGUUGGAGACAAGUUUUAUAUAGAAUAAUUGCUGUUGUGAAAUGUCUUUCAAAAAGAAAAUUUAGCGUUUCGAGGAUCAAAUGAGAAACUUCACCAAGAUAGUAAUGGUAUUUUUUUAGGAAUGAUUGAGAUGAUUGCUGAAUUUGAUGUGAUUAUGCAGGAUCAUAUAAGACGCAUCCAAACUCAUGAGGUACAUCACCACUAUCUUGGUCAUAACAUUCAAAACGAGCUAAUUUCUCUUCUCGCAUAUAAGGUCAGAUUUUCUAUCACAAUGUUAUUAAAGAAACAAAAUAUUUUCCUGUUAUCCUUGAUUGUACACCAGAUGUGAGUCAUCAAGAGCAAAUGAGUAUAAUUGUACGAUGUGUGAAUACGCCAAAUAAAAAUAUUAGAAUAGAAGAGUAUUUCUUAGAGUUUCUUAAGGUAGAUGGUACAUCGGGACUAGGCCUCUUUAAUGAAUUACAAAGUGCUCUUAAGUCUCUUGAUCUUAAUAUUAAAAAUGUGAGGGGACAAGGUAAUGAUAAUGGUUCUAAUACGAAAGGAAAACACCAAGGAGUUUAAAAAUGAUUGCUUGAAAUUAAUUCAAAAGCAUUGUUUAUGACAUGUGCUUGUCAUAGCUUGAAUCUUGUUGUUAGUGACAUGGCACAUUCUUGCGUGAAAGUUGUUUCCUUUUAUUGGAUUGUGCAACGCGUAUGCACUAUACUUUUGAGCUCUACAAAAAGAUUGAAUGUUUUACUUAAGCUUAUUUCAUGUUUCACAGUAAAAAGUUUGUCUAAUACUAGAUGGGAGAGUCGAAUAAAAAGUGUAAAAGCUAUAAGAUAUCAAGCUCCUCAAAUAAGAUCAAUUUUACUAGAGCUAUAUGAUUUGUGUGAUGAUGCUAUUUCGAAAAGCAAAACUGAAAGUUUGGUUGAUGCACUUGAGAAUUUUGAGUUUUUGCUUGGUAUUGUCAUUUGGCAUGACAUAUUAUUUGAUAUUAACAUAGUAAGUAAGAAAUUGCAAGACAAAACCAUAUUUAUUGAUAAUGCCAUGAAACAAGUAGCAGGUGUGAUGUCUUAUUUUGAGAAAUAUAGAAAUGAUGGAUUUAGCUCUAGUAUGAACAUGGUAAAGAUCUUGCUCAUGAGAUGGAUAUUGAUGCUAUAUUCCCAAAAAGCGUCGUUGUUUUAGAAAAAAAAAACAGUUUGAUGAAACUAAUCAUGAAGAAGUAAUUCAAACAUCUGAAGAUGAUUUUAAAGUCAACUAUUUUCUUGUUGUUGUGGAUAUGGAAAUUACUUCUUUGAAUGAUAGAUUUGAGAAAAUGAGAACAUUUGAAAAUGUUUUUGGUUUUUUAUAUAAUUCGGCGAAGCUAAAGUUACUUGAUCCUACUGAAUUUUUUUAAAAAAAACUGUACUAAUUUUUAUAAAACAUUCUCUCAUGAUAAUUUAUCAGAUGUUGAUUUGGUUGGUUUUUUCUCUAGGUUAAGAAUGUUGCAUGUGAGUUUAUAUGAUGAAGCAAUGACACCGAUUCAGGUUCUUGAGUUGGUGAAAGAUAUGAGUUGUUAUCCAAAUUUUUAUAUUGCUUACCGGAUUUUACUAACAACACCUGUAACAGUUUCAUCAGGUGAAAAAAGUUUCUCUAAGCUAAAAUUGUUGAAAAAUGAUUUGAGAUCAUCAAUGUCUCAAGAAAGGUUGAACGGUUUAUCAAUUUUAUGCAUUGAAAACGAAAUUUUGGAGAGUUUGAAUUUUGAAUUAAUUAUCAAUGAUUUUGCAUCAUCAACUAAAGCUAGAAAAAAACGUUUCAUGUGACAGUUUUUUCAUCUUUUAAAGAAUUGAUACUUUUUUCUAUUUGUUUCAGGUCUUAGAACUUCUUUUUGUUCAAGUUAAAGGAAAUGCAAUGAAGAAAAAAUAUAGAAAAUAUUUUUAAAAUGGUCCAUAUUCCAUGUUUCGCCUAGGGCUAUUAUAUUGGUUAAGACGGCACUGCUUAUUAUAGACAAUAUAGGCUCUCUCUCAACUUCUGUGAAAACUGCAUUCUAGGAAAAUCAAAGACAAGUCAAUGACAAGAUAGAAUAGACACAAACCUAGUUACACCUAUAUACAGAACAAUGUACAAAAGUUAAGAAGACAAGACAGUCACACCUUCCGUAAUGCAUCUUUUGAUAGAUGCAAUAUCACUUUGUUUGGAGGAAACUAAUAUGAAGUUUCUCCAAAGUCUUUCCAACUUUUGGAGGAUGUUUUUUUGCAUUUUCCAUUCUAGAAAGCUGCCAAUGACCACAUUAAUACUAAUUGUAAACAAAAACAAUAACAAAAUCGACAAUAUAAUAUAACCAUAAAAUACCGUAACAUCAUUUUCGAUACACCAAUUUUUAGAAAAGUUAGUUUCCUGCCGCGAUUCAUUAGUUUUCUGCCAUGAUUCAUUAGCUACCAGCAUCGAUAUGUUGUCUGAACAAGAUACUUGCAUUCACUUUGACAAACAUCAUGGCGGAAGCUUUGAUAAUUUCUUCUCCACAUCCAAAUCUCUUUAAAGAAAUUAACAUUCUUCUCAUCUUAUGCUUCACAUCCAAUGCUGACAUUUUCUAACAUAUUCUUGUUAACUUUCCUUUACUGUCUAUGGUUCCAAGAGAGUACAAAAUCUCAGUAUUUUGAUGAUUGUUCACAUGUUAAAAGUUGAUUUUUAAAGGCGUUAUUGAUUUGACAGAAAAUUCACGUAAGAACAAGAAUUACCUGCUUGUUACAUUCCCCCUGAUCUGUUUCAUCUUCCUGGCUAUUGGAAAGCUUAUCGAGCAGACCUUGUGCAUAAACAUCUGUCUCCUUACUUGAGACAAAACCAUAAGUUGUGUAGAAACAAUAGUCUCCUCACCACUAGGUCCACAAGUUGAGCAUGAGAGCUGGCCCUUCUAGCUGCACGUGGGAGUAUAAUUGAUUCAAAUCUGAACCAAGAGGUAUCUAAGUAAAAAAUAUUUACCUGAUUGGAUGCACUUUGAGAUGACAACAUUGUGUGUAUUCUCUAGUUUUAGUGAUUUCAUUUGUCCGUUAGUCCACAAUUGGAUCUCAUCAUCAUCAUUAUCAUCUCCACAAUCUUAACUUAGAUAUCUUUAAUAUGUAGUAUCGAAAGCUUCUAAGUUUAGUUUUGAGGCAAUAAAACAUUCAAUUUUAUCUGCAAAUCUAUCUCCGGCUUCUAUAAAUCUACUUACAAUCCCCAAAAUUCUUUCUUUAAACUCUUUUAUUAACUCUGAUGUUGUAACUUAUUUUUUUUAUGUGACAGAAAGAGAAAAAGAAAACAAAAUAAGAUAAUAAUUUUGGGUGUUUCGAAGGAAGUUACCAAAAGAGGAACAAAUGAUGCAACUCAGUUUCUCUCGAUCCUUCUUUUACUUGAUGUCUCUGUAGAGGAUGGAUUUGACCAUCCCACAAGGCCCGAGGAAUAGGAAGGCCUGGCCCGAGUUAGGAGGAACGACGGCUCGAUCGGUCGGCUCGAGAGUCAGGUCUCUCGGCUUGACUCUCGAGUACUUUUAGUCGAUCAUCAUCGACUGAAGUACGUUCGGCUCAGCAACUACCCGAAUGCCUACGGACUUUUCGGCCCAACAGAGGAGGCCCACCAAGACGGCGUAAAUUAGGUCAAGGGCGAGACGCCAGGACGCCUAUAUAAGGAAAAGGAGAGGAAACGAGAAAGGGAUCGAAAAUCAUCUGACUGACACCUGGCGGCUAGAUUAGGGUUUUCACCUUUUGCUUCAUCUCGCCGUUAGUUGUACUAUUCCGGUAGCAUAUCGAGCCACCGGCUUUCUUUCUGUCGCGAUCUCUCCUUUUCCCUUGUAACCGAUUGAACGUUCUUUCUCCGACCAUUAAUAAGACGUCUUUGCUUAAACCCACAUCUUAUUUAUUUACCGUUUCUCGAUCAAACAGUUGGCGCCCACCGUGGGGCCUACUAGCAAAGUAACGUCAGAACUAUGGUCAUUGGCAAUGACAGUUCUUCGUCAGGCGAGGAGCGCGAAGCUCUGGAGGCGACACCGGCUCCAGAGGUGACACCUACGCCUACACCAGUAACUCCACUUCCCCAUCCUGCAACCAUGGAAACUAUCCUGGCACGCCUCGCCCUACAAGAAGCGGCGCAGAAGGCGGCAGUUGACCAAAUAACGGCGAUACCAAAGAUCCUUGCUCCUCUCGCUGCAAACGCCGAAGCUUCGACGGCGCAGUAUCGUCGACACCUGUUCGCCACAGAACGAACCACCGACCUGGUACCUACGCGGGAUGACGAUAACCAAAGCGCCGAUAACAACACCAAUGCGCACACCGCAAGCGAACUAGCCGCGUUAAAACAGUCGGUCCUCGAUAUCAAUUCUAAGAUCCACCAGGUGACGACAUCCGCGCCCCAAAUCGAGCAUGUACUCGCGGAAUCUCUUCGCACACCCUUCACGCAAAAGGUUGCCGGCGUGCGGCUACAGAAGAUGGAGAAACUCCGUCUUCCAACCUUCAAAGGUCUCUCCGACCCUUCUACUCACGUCACGUCUUUCAACAUAGCGAUGCGACGCGCAAACCUGACCGACGAAGACAAAGACGCCGGCUUUUGCCAACUCUUCGUCGAAACCCUAGAAGGCCCGGCCCUUACUUGGUUCACCGGCCUCAGAGAGAACUCCGUCGACUGUUUCCACGACCUCUCAACGGCUUUCCUUAAGAACUAUAUAAUGUUCACCAACCAGGAAGCGACCGUGUCAGAUUUGUGGAACCUCACUCACGCCAGCGACCAAAGUCUCCGUGACUUCAUGGAGAAAUUCAAAGCUAUCGUCUCGAAGAUCGAUAUUCCCGACCAUAUCGCCGUCGAAUCUUUGAUGAACACCUUGCACAUCGACUCCACAUUCCGCCAGGAUCUUUACCGAUACCCGACCAAAUCUGUCUCCUACGCCAUCGCUCGCUCGCACAAUUUUAUCCGCAAGGAAGAAGACACCAGAGCAAAGUUCGCGAAAGAAGCAGCGGCGAGACAGAGAUCCUCCCGAACAAACGACCCCCGCCCCGAGCCUCGCCCCGAGCCUCGCCAGCACUCCUCAGGUGGAAAUACCACUCAGAAGCGAGGCUACGUUAGCUCAGUCGUUGAUGAGGAAUCUCCAAAGUCGGCGGCUAUCGCGCGAGAGAAAGGCUGGAACCACUGGGAUCGAGAUUCUGCUCCGAAGCAAUCAACCCCAACCGAACCAGCGAGUUCAAACUCCGAGGAGCCAAAAAAAUGGUGCCUCUACCACAAAAGGGAUUCCCAUGACACGAAGGAAUGCAAGGUCCUCAUCGGGCAGUUUUUCGACGGGAUCACUAAUGGGACAAUCCAAAUGCCCACUUCUCCCACGACGCCGAAAAACACUAAAAGCUGGAGUAAGAACAAGGAGAAGAAGGCACAAAAGUCCCAAAAGAACACGGCCCCGAAUGAGGAAAGAGCAAGCCCUGAGCGCGCUCCCAUCAACAACGUCGGCCCCGCCAACGAUUCGUCAGAAGACGAACACCCGCGUCGCCGGCGACGAGUGGAAGUCAUACUCUCUCGCCCUUGCGACUCCUCUGAUGACGACGUUCCGACAGCGCAACCAGAUCUGCAUGGUAAAUUGAACAGCAAGGAUAAACAGUCUCUCGUUCCCUCGAAAGCAGAUAAAGACCUACGCGUUCUAUUAAAGCGAAAAAAUGCCGCGAACGUAAACACAGGAACAACCGACCUUCGUGCGACCAUCUCAAAAUGCAGCGCUCGGAGAGUCGGUCAAACUGAUGACCUUCGUGACCAGCUCAAUUCGAAGGCCGACGAUCUGCGAAUCCAACUCAACCGUUCGAAAGGAUCCGAUCUGCGACGACGCCUUGAGUCAAAAAAGAAACAGCCCGCAGAAAUUCCUACAUUCGAGAACACAACCGACGACUUGAGGAAGCAACUCGAAUUAAUGCGAGCUACCCGAGCCCCGCACAUCAGCGUCAUAAUGGGCGGAUCGCCGCCUUGCGGUGACUCGGUUCGAGCCGUCAAAGAUUAUAAACGUCAAGCAACCACCUCUCAGAAGUGGCCUUCUCCGGUCGAAAAUGAUCGCCAGAUCACUUUUUCGGCACUAGACACCAAGGGUGUCCACAUGCCACAUAACGAUCCUCUCCUCGUCGACCUCGACAUCGGCGAAUGUCUGGUCGCAAAAGUCCUUAUUGAUACCGGCAGCUCAGUCGAUCUCAUAUUUCGCGACACACUCGACAAAAUGGGAGUUGAUUUAAAAGAUAUGAAGCCUUCCUCUCGCACGCUCACCGGCUUCAACGGAGCCUCGGAGCAAAUGAUAGGGACAAUUCGCCUUCCAGUUUACGCAGGCGGUAUAACCCGCACCGUCAAGUUCUCCGUCAUCCGCGCCAAAGCGCCCUACAAUGCCAUACUCGGAACACCGUGGCUGCAUUCCAUGAAAGCCGUCCCUUCGACUUAUCAUCAAUGCAUCAAGUUUCCGGGAAAAGAUGGUAAAGCUCAGACGAUUCGGGGCGACCAACAAGCCGCGAGAGAACUACUGAUCGCAGCUGUAAAGAUGCAGCAGCAAGCUUCCCUUGUCAACUCCGUCAGUAAACCACUCAACAAGAUAUACCCUCAGAAGGAGGAGGUUCGCGAAGUCGCAAUUGAUGAAUUCGACCCGACGAAAACCAUCCGAGUUGGCGUCUACCUGUCCGACGACGUAUGUUCACAAAUCAUCUCUUUCAUCAAAGACAACGCCUCGACGUUCGCCUGGAAGACUUCCGACAUGAAGGGGAUCGACCCCGCAUUUACCUCUCAUGAACUGCACGUCGAUCCAACGUUCAAACCCAUCCGACAGAAGCGACGAAAACUCGGUCCAGAACGAUCUAAAGCCGUAAACGAAGAAGUCGACAGGCUCCUCGACGCUGGUUUUAUAACCGAAGUCCGAUACCCCGAAUGGUUGGCUAACCCGGUUGUCGUCAAAAAGAAAAACGGCAAAUGGCGCAUAUGCGUCGAUCAAAGGACAGUUACCCACUCCCUCAUAUCGAUCGUCUCGUCGAAUCAACUGCCGGUAACAAACUCCUAACCUUCAUGGACGCUUUCUCGGGAUACAACCAGAUCUUGAUGCAUCCCGACGAUCGCGAGAAGACGGCAUUCAUCACCGACAGAGGGACCUACUGCUACAAGGUGAUGCCCUUCGGACUAAAAAAUGCCGGCGCGACUUAUCAGCGACUCGUCAAUCGAAUGUUUGCCGAUAAGCUAGGCAACACCAUGGAAGUGUACAUCGACGACAUGUUAGUCAAAUCGCUCAAGGCCGACGAUCACUUAAACAACUUACGCGACUGCUUCAAGAUCUUGAAUGACUACGGGAUGAAGCUCAACCCGGCCAAAUGUACCUUCGGUGUCACUUCGGGAGAAUUCCUCGGCUACAUCGUCACUCAACGAGGAAUCGAGGCUAACCCCAAGCAGAUCUCGGCGAUCCUCGAUCUUCCAAGCCCGAAGAACAGCCGCAAAGUACAGCGACUAACCGGAAGGAUAGCAGCUCUCAACAGGUUCAUCUCGCGAUCAACCGAUAAGUGUCUCCCCUUCUACGAGCUACUAAGGGGCAACAAGAGGUUCGUCUGGGACGAGAAAUGCGAAGAGGCGUUCAAUCAGCUAAAGCAUUACCUCACAACCCCCCCCAGUACUAUCAAAGCCAGAGGCCGGCGACACAUUGUCUCUCUACAUAGCCGUCACAUCCUCCGCUGUCAGCAGCGUGCUCAUUCGAGAAGAUAGGGGAGAACAGAAACCAAUCUUUUACACAAGUAAAAGAAUGACAGAGCCGGAGACGAGAUACCCAACACUCGAAAAAAUGGCCUUAGCUGUCGUUACCUCGGCCAGGAAAUUGCGACCCUACUUUCAGUCGCACACGAUCGAAGUGCUCUCCAACCAACCGCUCCGAACGGUUAUGCAGAAUACCAACCAGUCAGGACGAUUGACUAAAUGGGCGAUGGAGCUGAGCGAACACGACAUCGUGUACAGGAAUCGCACAGCAGCAAAGUCACAGGUUCUUGCAGACUUCCUGAUCGAAUUAACACCAGAGUUGGAGCAAGACCUCAUCCUACCAAGUUUGAACUGGAUCCUCCACGUUGACGGUUCAUCCACGAGUAAAGGGUCGGGGGCAGGAGUGCAACUGCAAUCACCAACAGGAGAACUCAUCCGGCAGUCAUUCGGUUUUGGUUUUGCGGCGUCAAACAACGAGGCUGAGUCGAGUCUCUCAUCGCAGGGCUCCGUCUCGCCAAGGCAGUAAAGGCCAAAAGGGUCAGUGCUUACUGCGACUCUCAACUUGUUGUCAGCCAGUACCUCGGCGACUACGACGUCCGUAACGAAAGGAUGGACGCCUACCUAAAACUCGUCCAAGACCUCACGCGAGACUUCGAGUUUUUCGAACUCACGAAGGUUCCUCGCGGAGAAAAUGUCUGUGCCGACGCCCUCGCUGCUCUAGGAAGCAAGCUACACGAUCAAGUCAAGAGGACAAUCCCAAUCCAUAAAAUCGAGAAACCAAGCAUCGACACUAGGGCGGAACAGACCGCAAUCGCAGCAGCGAUUAGCGAAGCAAUGGACAUCGACGAAGCAGAACCUCCUUCGCAAGACGAUCAGCCAACAGAUUGGCGCAAGGAACUCAUCAAUUACCUCACUGAAGGUUCAUUGCCCACCGAGAAGUGGGACGCGCGGCGACUGAAGCGACGUAGUGUACACUACGUUGUCAUGGACGGGGAACUACACCGAUGGACCGCGACGAAGGUGCUACUCAAAUGUAUCUCCGGCGAAGAAACGAGAUUAGUCAUGGCCGAAACACAUGAAGGAGCAGCAGGCAAUCACUCGGGGGGACGAGCUCUUGCAUUAAAAGUGAAGAAUCUGGGAUUCUACUGGCCAACCAUGAACGCCGACUGCGAAAAAUACGUGCGCAAGUGCGACAAAUGCCAGCGUCAUGCUCCCACCUUACACAGCCCAACGCAGUUCCUUCAUACCCUGACUGCUCCAUACCCAUUCAUGCGAUGGGGAAUGGACAUCAUCGGUCCAAUGCCGGCAUCUCGCCAAAAGAAGUUCAUCCUGGUUCUCACAGACUACUUCACCAAGUGGGUCGAAGCCGAAGCCUAUGCCAACAUCACCGACAAGGAGGUGCAAAAUUUCGUCUGGAAGAACAUAAUCUGCCGACACGGGCUCCCAUACGAGAUCAUAACAGACAACGGUUCGUAAUUCAUCUCGCAUCAUUUCAAGGGAUUCUGCGACAGAUGGCGAAUUCGACUCAACAUGUCGACCCCGAGAAACCCGCAGAGUAACGACCAAGCUGAGUCGACGAACAAGACCAUCAUCGACGGUCUGAAGAAACGACUCGACUUAAAGAAGGGUUGCUGGGCGGAUGAACUAGAUGGUGUCCUGUGGUCCCACAAAACAACUCCUCGCGGAGCGACGAAGGCCACGCCCUUCUCAAUGGCCUACGGCGUCGAGGCAAUGGCUCCCGCAGAAGUCAAUGUGACGAGUCUGCGCCGAUCACGAAUGCCGCAAAACGUCGAACUCAACCGUGACAUGCUGCUCGACGCACUCGACGACAUCGAAGAAAAGCGCGACCAAGCACUGCUCCGUAUCCAAAAUUACCAGCAUCAAAUCGAGAGCUACUACAACCAGAAGGUUAAGUCGCGUCCCCUCGAAAUGGGCAAUCUUGUUUUAAGAAAGGUCUUCGAAAAUACUAAGGAGUGGAAAGCCGGCAAGCUCGGAGCCAACUGGGAAGGACCGUACAAGAUCGUCGAAGUCAUCAAACCAGGAGUAUACCGCCUCGAGACUUCAACGGGCGAAGCAGUACCGAGAGCUUGGAACUCCAAACAUCUCCGCCUCUUCCAUCCUUAAUCAAGACAAAUGCCUCACCGGGUAAAUGCGCCACUAAGGCCACUUUUACUCACAAUCUAAGAACUACGAAUGGCUUGAUUCCCACGAAGGGAUACGUAGGCAGCCCAAAGAAAAAGGGGGUCCAGCCGAAAUAAAAAAAAAAAAAACCUCCUCCCCGAGGAGUCGAUCUCCAAAGAAGACGACCACUUAAGCGAUGCCGACACCCCACUUUGGAUAUGUCUCGAUCAGACACGUAUUUAUGGGAAUCGACCGUGUUGCGAUAUAAACCAGCACGGCCGAGACAAUGACUUCAACCCACCCUGUAAUUUACUAAAGUAAUGUUUGGCCCACCGAACGCUUGGAAAUUACGCUAGGGUCGAUUUGGAACCAUCAACGUCGAUCAUCAUAUAACAAAACUCAAAUGACGAACGAUCGCGAGUCAAAGAAAUCGACCGAGACAACGUCAUAACGAACCCAAAACUACAACGAUUCGAUAUCUCGAAUACUGUUAUACCAAACAAAUAGUCACUUCAAAUCUUGACAAAACAUGCAUUUGAUAGACGAGUACAAAUAAAAAAAAAAAAAAAAGAUGAUAC